AUGGCGGAAUCACUCCUUUCCGGCAUCGCACAGGGUGUGCUAGGGAAGAUAGCAUCCCUGGCGUUCCAAGAAGCCGUCGCAAUCUACCGCGUCGAAGAUCAGAUCCACGAGCUUAGAAAUACGUUGGCUGCCAUUACGGCCGUGCUGUUAGAUGCUGAGGAGCGACAAGUGAAGAACCACCGCCUGGAACUGUGGCUACGUCGGCUUCAAGACGUGCUGUACGAUGCGGAGGAUGUGCUCGAUGAACUCGAGUGUGAAGCCUUACGGAAGCGGGUAAUUAGACCGUACGGGGGCAUCAAAGAGAAGGUACACCGCUUCUUUUCCACCUCUAAUCCACUAGUACUCCGUGCAAGCAUCAAUCAUAAGAUCAAGGAGAUUAGGGAGACAUUAUCUAAAAUUUCCGUCGAGAAGAAUCAAUUUGAUCUUACUGUGCGGAGUGUUGACAAUGGUGUGGUGAAUACGCAGUCGCGAGAGAUGACUUACGAUUUCAUAAACAACUUAGAUGUGGUCGGAAGACACGUAGAUAAACAAAAGCUAAUUGAGAUAUUGAUGCGGCCAAAUGAAAAAACCCUCUCGGUGAUUCCCAUUUAUGGAAUUGGAGGUUUGGGCAAGACGACCCUAGCUAAAUUAGUUUACAAUGACGAGAUCGUGAAAGAGCAAUUCAAGUCUCGACUAUGGGUGUGUGUUCCCGAGGACUUUGAUUUAAAGAAAACCAUAGAAGGAAUCAUCAAAGAUGCAACUGGUCAAACCUUGAGUAAUUUGGAUAUUCAGCAAUUGCAAACCUGUCUGCGAGACACCGUCAAAGAGAAGAAAUUUCUACUGGUCCUGGAUGACGUAUGGAGCAACGACCGCUGUAGAUGGGAAGAAUUGAAAACUUUGCUAGCCGAAGGAGCUAGUGGAAGCAAGAUUGUUGUGACCACGCGCAGUUCAGGAGUUGCUUCUAUGAUGGGUACCCAUCCAGGUCAUAAUCUUAAAGGUCUUUCUGAUGAAGACUCCAUGGCCUUGUUCAAAAAAUGGGCUUUCGAUCAAAGGGAAAAGCAGCCACGUCCUGAUCUCCUUGAGAUUGGAAAUGACAUUGUGAAAAAAUGUCAAGGAGUCCCUCUCCUCGUAAAAACUUUGGGGAGCCUACUUUACACAAAGCAUGAAGUACGGUACUGGGCCCAUAUAAGAGAUAGCGAGACAUGGAAGUUAGUGGAAGAAAAAAAGGACAUUCUGUCGGUUCUUAAACUUAGCUAUGAUCAUUUGCCGUCCCACCUAAAACGCUGUUUUGCCACAUUAUCUCUUUUUGACAAAGGACAUGAAAUCCAUGGCCCUGUGAUAGCUUGGUUAUGGAUAGCUUUAGGAUUCAUUAGCUGGACAGGGGAAGAACUAGCAUAUGAAGACGUUGGUGUUGAUUAUGUCAACGAGUUGUGGAAGAGAUCUUUGAUCCAACAAGUUGACGAGUUCGGCUUGAUGAUAUCUUUUAAAGUGCACGAUCUGAUCUAUUCUCUUGCAACAAUUGUGGCACAAAAUGAUUGCUCUAGUGUUGGCUUAGAUACAUCAGAGAUUUCAGAGGGAGUUCGGUGCGUUUCAUUCUUUAGCAGUGGGCUAGAGGGAAUCUCUAAUUUCGAUGGAGUCCCACCUUUUGUAAGAAAGCCCACUUCAAAGAAGCUGCGUGCAAUUAUAUUUCCCUAUGACGUUGAUGAUGGAGUUAUUACUGGAGAGUUUGUUAGAGCGUGCAUCUCCAAGUGCAACUACUUACGGUAUCUAGAUUUGGGGACUGGCAGUUUUGAGGAGCUGCCAAGUUCCAUAUGCAACUUGAAGCACUUAAGGACGUUAUUUCUCAAUGAUAACAAGCGAUUGAAGAAGCUUCCAGACACCAUUUGUGAGCUGCAGAGUUUGCAACACUUACGCCUCGAUGGUUGCUCAGAGCUAAACAAUUUACCCAAAAAUAUGAAGAGGCUCAUCAGCCUCAGAUUUCUAUCCAUAACAACAAAGCAGAAGAGUCUGCAAGAAAGUGGAAUACAAUAUCUGGAAAAUCUGCAAGUUUUGGGACUCGACGAAUGCCAAAAUCUGAAAGUUUUGUUUGAAGGUGCUUGCCGAUUAACUGGCCUCCGACACUUGAAAAUUUCAGAUUGUGGGAGACCAAUGUUUUUACCUUUUGUGGGAUUAACAGCCCUAGAGAACUUAGCAAUUCAUAAUUCCAAGCUCUUGUUGACCAAGGAGAACAAGUCCAACUUUCCUGCGAAACUUCGUGCAUUGAAAAUAUCAAAAUCCGAUCAGGUGAUGGAGCUGCUCCAAUGUCUUAAUGAAUCUGCUCAAACUUUGGGGUCCUUUUGUGUCGCUGACUGCUUGAGCUUCACGGCUUUACCGGAAUGGCUGCCCAAUCAUACAUGUAUGAAAUUUAUUAGAUUGAUUCGAUGUCCCAAUUUAUCGUCUAUGCCGCAAGAAAUUCAGUCCCUCACUACCUUAAAAAAAUUAGACGUCGAAGAUUGUGGUGAACUGAGCAAGAGAUGUCGACCAACAAUUGGCGCGGAUUGGCCCAAAAUCGCUCACAUUCCUCAAAUCGAAAUUGAUGGUAUGAAAGUACAAUCGACGGAGGAUUAG